AUGCACCAAUUCCAAUUCCAACCAAUUCCAAUACCAAUUCUAGAAUUGGAAUUGGUUGGAAUUGGUAGAAUUGGAAUUGGAAUUGGUUGGAAUUGGUUAGGAUUGGAAUUGGAAUUGGUCAGAAUUGGUUGGAAUUGGAAUUGGAAUUGGUCAGAAUUGGUCAAGAAUUGGUCGGAAUUGGUUGGAAUUGGUAUGGAAUUGAUUCAAAAUGACUAA